GUGCGGUGUCGGUUUGGGCCCAUGGCUGCCUCUGGGAAAUUCAGCACUUUCCGUCUCCCGCCGUUGCCCACCAUCCGAGAAAUCAUUAAGUUAUUCAGGCUGAACGCAGUGAAGCAGCUAUCCCAGAAUUUUCUCCUGGACUUGAGGCUGACAGAUAAAAUUGUAAGGAAAGCUGGCAAUCUGACAAAUGCUUAUGUUUAUGAAGUGGGCCCUGGGCCAGGGGGAAUCACAAGAUCCAUUCUUAAUGCCAACGUUGCUGAACUUUUGGUAGUUGAAAAGGAUACUCGAUUCAUUCCUGGAUUAAAGAUGCUUUCUGAUGCAGCACCUGGAAAACUGAGAAUUGUUCAUGGAGAUGUGUUGACAUUUAAGAUAGAAAGGGCUUUUCCAGAAAGUCUUAAAAGAUGCUGGGAGGAUGAUCCUCCAAAUGUACAUGUUAUUGGAAAUCUGCCUUUUAGUGUUUCAACUCCACUGAUUAUCAAGUGGCUUGAAAGUAUUUCUCAUAGAGAAGGACCUUUUGCUUAUGGCAGAACUCAGAUGACUUUGACUUUUCAAAAGGAGGUGGCAGAGAGACUUACAGCCAACACAGGAGGCAAACAGCGCAGUCGCCUUUCUGUCAUGGCCCAGUACCUCUGCAACGUCCAGCACAUCUUUACAAUUCCGGGUCGAGCUUUUGUGCCCAAGCCAGAGGUGGAUGUGGGCGUGGUGCACUUCACUCCCUUGGUACAGCCCAAGAUAGAGCAGCCGUUCAAGCUGGUGGAAAAAGUCGUUCAGAAUGUAUUCCAGUUCCGAAGGAAAUACUGCCAUCGAGGGCUUGGAAUGUUAUUCCCCGAAGCACAGCGCUUAGAGAGCACGGGCAGACUGUUACAGUGGGCGGACGUGGACCCUACUCUUCGGCCCAGCCAGCUCUCCAUCUCACACUUUAAGAGCCUCUGCGAUGUGUACAGAAAAAUGUGUGAUGAAGACCCACACCUCUUUGCAUAUAAUUUCAGAGAAGAACUCAAGCAAAGUAAAAGUAAAACUCAGGAAAAAGACAAGGACAAGGACAGUUGCAGGCUCUAGCUGCUGCUCUGGAGGCUGGCACCCUGCAAGAUGUUGAUUUUCACAAUGUGGCGCUUUUUAUAUAUGUGUACACUCUUUUGUCUUUAUAGGAUGACAGUAAAAAUACCAAUGACCAGAUGUGACUUAUUUUGCCUUUACUGUACAGCUUGGUAGAGAAAAUAAAUAUCGUCAAA